CUCGUCUAAUGGAUUUCUGAUGUUUUCCCUGUGACAGUUCUCUGCCAGUUUUGACUUAACGAUAAAUGCGUUUAAGGCUUCAGCUAUUUCAGAUCAUAUAAAUGAAGUGUUAAGUCUUCGAACAUGGCCACCGUGUACCUUGACGGAGAGAAUCAACUUUAUCCCACACACUUUCAGAAUGUGACUACAGCACAAACUGAUGUCAGACAACACAUACUCUACAAAAUUCUACAAAACUCUCUGUUCUCGACAUUUUCAAGAUGUUGAACCCGUGUUGGCAGCAGAACUUUGGGGCACAAUGGUCAAUGUGACGCCCAGUAUAGACCCAGCGACGGCCCAAGAGGGGUACAACUACUUUGCCUUAAUAUGUGGUGUGCCUCUCAUCCUCAUCAUCAUCCUGGGCAACGUGCUGGUGUGCCUCAGCGUGCUGACAGAACGCUCCCUCAAAACUGCAACCAACUACUUCAUCGUCAGUCUGGCUGUGGCCGACCUUUUGCUGGCUGUGCUAGUUCUCCCACUCUACGUCUACUCUGAGUUCCUGGGAGGCAUAUGGACACUGAGUAUGUACAUCUGUGAUGCCCUUAUGACUAUGGAUGUGAUGCUCUGCACAGCCUCCAUCUUGAAUCUAUGUGCAAUUAGUGUGGACAGGUACAUAGCGGUGGUGGUCCCUUUGAAGUACAACCGUAACCAGUUUAGUGUCCGUCAGUUAGCCUUAAUCACAGCCACGUGGGUGCUUUCCCUGGGUGUGGCAAGUCCUGUUAUUUUUGGCUUGAACCAGGUGCCCAACAGGAACCCUCAUGUUUGCAAGCUGGAGGACAACCAGUUUGUGAUCUACUCUUCUAUCUGCUCUUUCUUCGUACCCUGCCCUGUCAUGCUUCUCCUAUACUACUGGAUGUUCAGGGGACUCAAACGAUGGAGCUCUGGUCGUAGCCGGUCGCACCUCCGUCGAGCAUCCAGGGGGCAUAGAAGUCUAUCUUUGCACCUGGAAGCAGCACUACAGAAGGAGAAUGGAAGGGCGAGGGAGAAGGUGGUGUACCUCAUGCCUGGAGGUCUCAGUCCUACGUCACUUUCCGCCACCCCGACUACUCCAGUCACCUCAACCAGCCCAGUUACCAUUACCACAGUUGAGGUAGAAGGUCAGACGCCAGCUGCAGAGAGCGACCCCAUGACCAACCAGAUGGACAGUGUAUCAGAUGCAGAGAAUCCUGACAGGCCUACGGAGGAUGAUAGUGGCCGAGAGAAUGGGGUGGGGAAGAACCAUCGUUCUCAUGCAGGACGACGCCACAGCAAGAGCAACAGGGUGAGCGGACGGGAGCGGAAGGCAAUGAAGGUGCUGCCAGUAGUCGUGGGUGUUUUUCUGGCUUGCUGGACUCCUUUCUUUGUAGUCCACGUGACUAAAGCGAUGUGCCUGUCAUGUGACAUCGGGCCAACGCUAAUCAGCGUGGUCACGUGGCUUGGCUAUGUCAACAGUGCCAUCAACCCAAUCAUCUACACUGCCUUCAAUGUGGAGUUCAGGAAUGUGUUUCACAAACUGCUCUUUUGUCGAACCUGA